CCUAGUGAGGAUAAGCAGUAUCAAAAAUUGAUGGCUGGAUGAAAUAUAUGAAAUAUCAUUGUAAUUUAACAGCUCGUUGGUUGCUAUAAUUGAAGAGAGGAAUCUUUUUUAAUAACUCGUGUCAUGCGAUUGAGUUGAUACUGUUGGGAAAAUAGAAUCUCAUAUGCGUUUCGCGAAGACAGGGGUGGGCAACGUAUGGCAUGUGGGCCACAUACGGCCCAUUCUGUUUUUUAAAUCCGGCCCAAUGAGCAUUUACAUGAUCAAUUAUUCCUGUACUAUUAAUUGCGUUAAUUUAGACGUUUUCCCCUUAGAGGAAUGAGAGCCGCCCAUUCAGUACUAGACCAAAUUACUUCAUAGGAUGCAGUGAUGACAAACGAUGGAAUAAAUCUCCAAACAAAAUGGGUUAUGCAUCAUGUUGUGUGUUGACCUUCUGAGGUCACGCGCCGCUGCACUAUGAUUUGCUGUUGUAUCCCGGUAGAACACGCCCUUCUGCUUCCAGACGGGAAAAGAAGUAUGUGACUUAAGUGCGGCGGCGUUAAUGUUUCCCAGUAACCCAUCCUAAACCGCCUUAAGCCCCAACCCUAAAAUGAACAAACUUCUAUGUUUCCAUAUUCCAUGUUAAGGCUUUGUUUGUGUUCGUGUUCAUUUACAUCUAUAUGUAUAAAUAAAUGAUAUACAUGGACUUAACUUUAAUUAAAAAAAAACACAGCCAUAAAGAAAACCAUAUUUUAGCACGUUCAGGGUCAAACCAUCAUACCAUCAACGCGUAGUUAUGCGAGUUAUCGCAGCAUGCACAGGAAGUCCGCUAACAUGUUUUCCGGGUUUGGCCACGUGACAUCGCAUCACCAGUGCCGUGAGUUUUACUCCGAGCCAAGAGGGGGCGAUAAAGUGUUAAAACAAUUUGCAUGGAAGCUCGUCAUCUAAAACGAAAGAAAAAAGAAUUCAGAGCUUUGUAUUUGCUUUUAUUGUUGUAUGAUGCUGCGCUCAAAAUAAGAACAUUGUCCGGUUUUUUUGUAUGUUUGAAAGACAAGGACGUAGCAGAAUUCAAAUGUUGCUGCGAUGUUGAGUACUACGACAAGCAAACUGAAUGUAUUGGUCAACAAGCUGCACGAGUACUUGGCCCAUUCCACUCAUGAAGACAGCAAUGCCUCAGCUGAGACUGAUGAUAUAACAAACAGGAAUGGCACAGUGGGAAAUUCAGCUACCCCAUCUGUGAUGGAGGUACUUGUGGACACAAAAUUCUCCAGAAGAAAACCAUCUGUCGUUACAAAGCAUUCAGGCUUGGACGAGUCUGCAGACUCAAACGACAGCGACAAUGUAGAGUUCCCCUUCAGUGCAAACGGUCACCCAGAUACCACUUGCCUUCCGAAAGGCACUGUCUUGGUCAGACCUGAACCUGUAGAUAACGGCAGAGAUGACUUCAGGGGUCCUGAAUUUCGCAGCCGGAAAAGUAACGUGUUACGGAAAGAAUUUUCAAGGAGACGUGGAGGAGGCGACCAUUUGGAAAUUGUCAGUUGCACUGCCUGUGGCCGCCAGGUUAACCACUUCCAGAGAGAUUCCCUUAUUCGCCAUCCGGUUCUCAAAGUACUUAUUUGCAAGUCAUGCUACAAAUAUUACUCAAGUGACGACAUCAGCAAGGAUGGCGAUGGGAUGGAUGAGCAGUGCCGUUGGUGUGCAGAAGGGGGCAACUUAAUCUGCUGUGAUUUCUGCAGUAAUGCCUUUUGCAAGAAGUGCAUUCUGAGAAAUUUGGGGCGAAAGGAGCUUUCUGGUAUCUUGGAGAGCAAGUGGUACUGCUAUGUGUGUAACCCUGAGCCCCUUUUUGGCCUUGUGAUGGCGUGUGACAGCAUGCUGGAGAACAUGGAGCAUCUGUGGCAACAGCACCGUAAGAGGAAUCGAGCUGAGCCGGGGAAAUCUGAACUUUAUGGCAUGCUGCCUCUUCCUCAAAUCGUUCCCUUCGCUAAAUGGGAUCACAGUGGCAUGGAUAGUAGUGUUGUGUUCAACUACAACACUUUAAAUGUCUCAGAGGACAUGACCGCAAAGGUCAAACAUUUGGUGGACUCGGCAAACAAUGUUAACACAAGCUUUAUUCAUUUUAUUCAUACCGCGACAAAGACUAAACAAGGUGUUCGAAGCCUCUAUCUGAAGUCUUAUUUGACAGUGGUGAAAUCCAUGCGAACGUCUCUUGCGGCACUCGAGGAAAGCCUUAAAGAAGAAUUCAGCGACUUGGGCGUCUCCAGCUGUUGGGAGGAAUUACUUGACAAUAAUUUUGUGCCCCAACCUGCUACAGAAGCAGAUGCGGAGAUCGCCCAUGAUGGAAGCUUGAAUAAAUUGUCAAAGGUGUCAGAUGAAUAUGUGGAAGAGGAAGUCCUCACAGAUGUGAGAUGCACAAGUGAGGAGAUUGACUCCCCUUCACACAAUGUUAAAAAAAGUCAGCAGACGACUGACCCGCAGUCUCCUCAAAGUGGUGUCAACAUGACCAAAAAGUUAGUGGUCAAACUCACACCAGUACCUGUGGAGGAGGAGCCCUGCUCAGAUUCACAGCUUCUUCCAGAUGACAUGGAAGAAGAGCUCUUUAAGGCGAAAGAUGUGUCCACAAAUGAAGAGACAGCUGUUGCUGACAGUAAAAUGAGCAUAGACCACCCGAGCACAUCAAUCCACCUAGAAGAGGAUCAAGGCAAUCGGCGGUCUCCCCGUGUGAAGACAACACCGUUGCGUCGUCCCAGCGAUGUCAAUGGUAAACCGGCUCGUGCCACGGCAGACAGCGAGAGCGACUCGGACCCCGAGGUAGCGCCAAGCUCAGCAGUCGCCCAAACCACUGAAGAACAAGGUCUAAGCCAGACCAGAGAUGACUCUGACUCAGAUGAAAUACCUGCAGCGCUUCUCGAGCGAGUAGCUAUGACUCAAAGCACUGAUGAGCACCAGAGUGACGAUGAUGAUGGUGGCAGUCAAGCCUCUACCAAAGUGGCCAAGAAGCGUCUCUUCUGGCUCACAAAGAACACACCGAUAUCGCCGGAGAGGAUUCGUCGCAAACGUAAGCUGCUGGACCGUUCACCCGAAUCUGACUCCAUAGCUAAGACUCGACGAGAAAGGGGGACGGAUUCCUCUAGUGAUGAUCAAGACCCGCAGGAUCAACUGCAGCGCCUGAAGACCCUGCGGUCUGUUGGCAAGUCUCAUCUCGUCCAGAGUGAAACCGAAGGAUGCGCUCGACAGAAGGGGGUAGCUGAGGCCAGGAAGCACAAGACUCAAGCUUGCCAAGAAGUUAUAGAGACCACAUCGUCGUCAAGCGAGGACGACCGUGAGGAUGACACCGGGAGUGACGGCGAUGAUCAUAAGAUGAAAGCAAUCACAGACGAUGAGGCGUUACAGGGAUCAGCGACUUUCCAUCAAUCAUCUGGCGAUGAGGAUCAAGCUGGGCCCACCUGGGCAACAGGAGAUGACGACGACCCUGAAAAUAGAAUCGCUAAGAAUAUACUUUUGGCCCAAAUCAAUGCCAACUUCUCAUCGCUUGAUGAGUUGUCAUCAGAUGCGGAAACACAGGAGGAUGAGUCUGCUUCUGAGGCUGAAAUGGAAUUUAAACAAGUCUGUGAAGAAUGUGGACAAGAGGGAAAUGGGGAAAACUUGUCCUCAUCGUCUACUGACGCUGACACGGAUGGCCCCAACUUGAAGCAGCACCACUUGCUGCGCCACAAACUCACCUUGGAUGAGGGAGCAGGAAGUGACAAGGCAGCAUCAGGGAAUGAAGUAGGAAAGGCAGACAAGAAGAGGAGAGUCUCACCCAAGCAGCUUAGCACUGAUGAUGAGAGCGGAGAUACUGAUAAUAGUUCGUCGGAGCUGGAAGGACUUGGAAUGAGCGAGGAGCUGAGUGAAUCAGAGGAAGAAGAGAAGCUAGAAAGUCCACCCCUUAAAGUCAAGGAAGAGCCCCCUCCGCCUGUAAACCAGACCCCGGUGACCUGCAUUUUGUUGUCUGACACCAGCAGCGAGGAGAGCGAGCAAGAGAAUGCAGAGGGGGAGCAUAGUAGCAGUCAGGGCACACCCAAAGGACGCAAGAAGAUCCGCAAAAUUAUCCAAGACGACAAUCUCCGGUCCGAGACUCAAGAGGCGCUGCGAGAGGAGGAGGAGCGAUGCAAACGACUGGCAAGUCGGGAGCAGCUGAUGGAGGACCGGCGAGAGACAAUUGUCGUAGAUCAGUCUCAAGAGUCUGUCACCACCAAGCUGAUUCUGGAUCAGGAUGAGCAGACCAGGACACCUCUAGUCCAGGUGCACAGGAAUUUAGUGACCGAACUGAAGCCUCAUCAAGUAGAUGGAGUCCAGUUUAUUUGGGACAACUGCUGUGAGUCAGUGAAGAAGGCCAACUCCUCUCUGGGAUCAGGCUGCAUCCUGGCCCAUUGUAUGGGCCUGGGAAAGACUCUACAGGUGGUUGCCUUCCUGCACACGGUGUUGCAGUCGAAAAUCCUACAUUUUAAAACGGCCUUAGUUGUGUGUCCUCUCAACACUGUUCUCAACUGGGUUAGUGAGUUCAACAAAUGGCAAAAACAGUUGGGGCAAGAUAGACUGAAGGUUACUGAGCUGGCCACCAGAAAGAAUUUUGCUGACCGAUUCCGAGCUCUGCAGACCUGGCACAGUACUGGAGGUGUGAUGAUUAUGGGCUACGAAAUGUUCAGAAACCUCUCACUAUCCCCGAAACUGGAUGGUAGCGAAUUAAAGAAGCAGUUUAAUUCUUUACUGGUGGAUCCAGGUCCAGACUUUGUGAUCUGUGAUGAAGGGCACAUUCUGCGCAACGAGAACUCCAACAUUUCCAAAGCCAUGGGUGCCGUGAAGACGCGGCGGAGAGUGGUGCUAACUGGCACGCCGUUGCAAAACAACCUCGUCGAGUACCACUGCAUGGUCAACUUCAUCAAGAGGAAUCUUCUGGGCUCGCUGGGGGAAUUCCGAAACCGCUUCGUCAACCCCAUACAGAAUGGCCAGUGCGCUGACUCCACACCCAAAGAUGUCCGAAUCAUGAAGAGGCGCGCACACGUCCUCCAUGCAAUGCUGUCCGGAUGUGUGCAAAGGAGAGAUUACUCUGAGCUGACUGAGUUUCUACCUACCAAGUACGAGUAUGUGGUGGCAGUUCGAGUGUCACCUCUUCAGUAUAAGUUGUACACUCACUACCUCCAGCACGUCAGUGGCUUGGGCAGUGUUAUUGGCACUGCAAAAAUGAAGAUCGGAGCAAACCUGUUCAAGGAUUUUCAAGCCCUGAGCCGGGUUUGGACUCAUCCUUGGUGCCUUCAACUCAGCUAUAAGGCCAAAGAAAAAACGCUCAAAGCACGUUUGGUAAAGAAGAAUCAUGCCGGCGCUCCGGUCAUGGAAAGCCCUUUUGCGUCCCGUGGUGGACCAAGCAACAGCACCGCCAAUGAUCCGAUCCCCGUCGCCGCAGCAAAUGUUGCCGAUACCGCAUCAAAAGACCCGUGCUGGUUCAAAGAUAUGCUGUCUCAACGCGACGCCAAAAACUUGGAGCACUCGGGCAAGUUGGUGCUCUUACUUGACAUCCUGAGGAUGGCUGAAGCGUUGAAUGACAAAGUACUUGUGUUCAGUCAGUCCCUCAUCUCCUUGGACCUGAUUGAGAAUUUCCUGGCCGCUUCUACCCAGAGAAGAAAGGACUCUUCCGAAGGGGGAAGAUGGAUUAAAAACAUGGAUUACUAUCGUCUGGAUGGCUCCACCACGGCUGCAUUACGGGCGAAAAGGGCAGAUUGUUUCAAUAAUCCCGCUAACACACGCGGUCGGUUGUUUCUCAUUUCAACAAGGGCCGGCUCGCUGGGCAUCAACCUGGUGUCUGCCAACCGGGUGAUCAUCUUUGACGCCUCGUGGAAUCCGUCCUACGACAUCCAGAGCAUCUACAGAGUCUACCGCUUUGGCCAGGUCAAGCAAGUGUUCGUGUAUCGCUUCUUGGCGCAGGGCACAAUGGAGGAGAAGAUCUACGACCGCCAGGUGACGAAGCAGUCUUUGUCUUACCGAGUUGUGGAUCAGCAGCAGAUCGAGAGACACUUCACCCUUUCCGAGCUCACUGAACUUUACACGUUUGAGCCAGACUUGUUGGACGAGCCUCAUUCCAAGAAAAACAAGCGGAAGACCUCUGACUUGCCAAAGGAUCAGGUUCUGGCAAUGCUUCUGGAGAAGUGCAAAGACCACAUAGUCAGUUACCAUGAGCAUGCGUCUCUGCUGGACCAUAAACAAGAGGAGGAGCUCACUGAAGCAGAACGCAAAGAUGCCUGGGCCGAGUAUCAGGCUGAGUCCCACCCAGCCAGCGCCCCAGUGAAAAUUAAGCCGGAAACCUUGAAUUUGAGGACCAAUGAAGAGCUAGUGGACUUGCUGAACAAGAGCAGAGCAAAAUUAGCGGCCUCCUUCCAGGCCGUGCAGGCCAUGUCUUCUCACCCUGUUGAGGAAUACCUGCUACAUGUGAAUCCACAACUGCCCAUGGAUCAGAUCAGGUUGAAGGCCAUUCAGUGGAAACAAUUUGACACUAAGGAGCUGGAGCGGAGAAAGGCCUUAUAUACAGAAGUUCUUGAAGAGCAGCGAACACUAACACUGCACAUCCAGAGCAUUUUGAGUGAGCGACGCAAUCAAGAGAUGCAGGGGGCGGCAUCUGCUGAAAAUCAGCAAAUAGCAACAAAUAAGUGAAGGAGGCAGAAAAAGAGAAGCAUUUGGUAUUGAUGAAAAACAUGCCUACAGUCUCAGUUGUCCAGCUAUGUGCCAUCUUUUCAUUGUUUAAAUCAUUUCAACUUUUGCAUAACCAUGUUUUCUACAAUAAGCACUUUAAUAUUUCAUCCAUGUGAUGAUUUCCACAAAGAAUGCUAUAUGCCUUAAUAACUGAAGUGCUCAUCUUUUUCUCCCCUAGACUGAUAGUAAUUCGUAUAGUAUUAUACUAAGUAAUAGAAUCAGUAUCAGUUUUUGUGUUUCUCAGUGGCAUAAGACACUUUAACGCUUCAGUGAGCAGGACAGGGACAUAACUUUAAUACUAUUUAAGACUUGUUUCUCUGUUUAUUAAAAUAUUUCUUAUUUUUGCCUUUUA